GGGCACCAUUGCAAAAUCCCCCAAAAAGACCCACUGUCUUGUUUCCAAAGAAAAGUAUUCUUCAAAACUAUCUGCUUUAGCAAAAAAAUUUGCAAAAGAAAACCGAAGAUAAUUUUUAAAUUGAAAAAUUGAAAUGGCAGGCAUGGAGAGACUUCACCGGAUGUUCGCCGGCGCGGGCGGAGCCCUCGGCCAUCCUCCGCCGGAUUCCCCGACGCUCGACUCCUCCGAACAAGUCUACAUUUCGUCUCUCGCCCUUCUCAAGAUGCUCAAACACGGUAGAGCCGGGGUGCCGAUGGAGGUGAUGGGGCUGAUGCUGGGGGAGUUUGUGGACGAGUACACGGUGCGUGUGGUGGACGUCUUCGCGAUGCCGCAGAGUGGAACCGGUGUCAGUGUCGAGGCCGUCGAUCACGUUUUCCAGACUAAUAUGCUUGACAUGCUGAAGCAGACCGGAAGACCUGAGAUGGUGGUUGGUUGGUACCACUCACAUCCUGGCUUUGGAUGUUGGCUUUCUGGUGUUGACAUCAACACUCAGCAGAGUUUUGAAGCUUUGAAUCAGAGGGCAGUUGCAGUUGUUGUAGAUCCAAUUCAGAGUGUUAAAGGAAAGGUGGUCAUUGAUGCCUUCCGUCUCAUUAACCCUCAAACUAUGAUGCUGGGUCAAGAACCGCGACAAACCACUUCCAAUGUGGGGCACCUUAAUAAACCAUCUAUCCAGGCUUUGAUUCACGGGUUGAACCGGCAUUAUUACUCCAUAGCCAUAAAUUACCGGAAGAAUGAACUUGAGGAGAAGAUGCUCCUCAAUCUUCACAAAAAGAAAUGGACAGAUGGAUUGACCCUCCAGCGGUUUGACUCCCACUCGAAAACAAAUGAGCAGACAGUCCAGGAGAUGCUAAACCUAGCCAUCAAGUACAAUAAAGCGGUCCAGGAGGAAGACGAGCUGCCACCUGAGAAAUUAGCAAUUGCUAAUGUGGGAAAGCAAGAUGCAAAGAAGCAUCUCGAGGAGCAUGUCUCAAACUUGAUGUCUUCAAACAUCGUCCAGACUUUGGGGACUAUGCUGGACACGGUUGUUUUCUAGAAUUUGAAGUUGAGAGCCAUAGAAAACUUUCUUUUCUUCAGAAAGUGUACGUGUCUUCCUCUUUUCUCCUCAACCUGAUAUAGACUCUCUGCUUUCAAGUAAGAGAGCAAUUUUCUCUAAAAUAGUUUCUAAUUUUACUUUGUUGUACCUUCCCUCAUUUGUAUUCAUAUCAAAUUAUGGUGUUGAAUUUAAAGUUCAUAACUCAAGUACUCAACAAA